GUGCAUAAGUGGGUGGGAUGUCAUUCCAACAAUAAAGGCCGUGACAGGCAGGACCUGAGGCCUUUGUCCUGCGUCUGCCCCUUUGGAGUUUGUGUCCAACAGAGAGUGAAGCUGAACCAAGAGCCAUGGAUGAUGUGUAUAAAGCAGCGGUUGAGAACUUAACAGAAGAGCAGAAAAAUGAAUUCAAGGCUGCCUUCGACAUUUUCGUCCAGGAUGCGGAGGAUGGCUGCAUCAGCACCAAGGAACUGGGGAAGGUGAUGCGCAUGCUGGGCCAGAAUCCAACUGCUGAGGAGCUGCAGGAGAUGAUUGAUGAAGUAGAUGAGGAUGGAAGCGGGACGGUAGACUUUGAUGAGUUUCUGGUGAUGAUGGUACGCUGCAUGAAGGAGGAGAGCAAAGGAAAAUCGGAGGAGGAGCUGGCCGAACUCUUCCGCAUGUUUGACAAAAAUGGAGAUGGCUAUAUUGACCUGGAAGAGCUAAAGAAUAUGCUGGAAGCAACUGGUGAACCAAUCACAGAGGAUGACAUAGAAGAGCUAAUGAAGGAUGGGGACAAAAACAAUGAUGGAAAGAUUGAUUAUGAUGAGUUCUUGGAAUUUAUGAAGGGAGUUGAGUAGAUCCCCACUACAAUGGACUUCAAGACUCGUCCAGAUUUCAGAAACUCAAGAUUGAUUAAAACAGCCCAAUAUUUCCCCUUGCCCUGACCAAAGACAGCCAAGCAUCGAGGUUGGACUGUUCACAUCCUGCAUUUCUACUCGGAUAGUCAAGCCUGUGUGAUGAAAUCCAAACCUUUACAAAAAGGAAAACACCCACUUGUAAUUCCAAUGGGGGGGGGGGG